AUGAGCUCUCGCAUGGCCGGGGCAGCGCUUCUGCGCCACCUAGGUCCGCGCCUGUUCGCGGCCGAGCCGGCCGUGUCCGGGCUCACCGCGAGGGGCGUCAUGCCCGCGGCCGCGAGGCUUCUCCCCGGGCGGAUGGCCAGCACCGCCGCGGAGGCUGCCAGAGAGGAUGCGGGUGCAAAACAGCACGGCGGCACCGGGAAGCGGGAGGAGGCAGCAGACGGGCAGAGCAAGAAGGCCAUCGUCAGCUACUGGGGCAUCGAGACGCCUAAGCUCGUCAAGGAGGACGGCACGGAGUGGAAGUGGCCCUGCUUCCGGCCGUGGGACGCGUACACGUCGGACACGUCCAUCGACGUGAAGAAGCACCACGCGCCGACGACGCUGCCGGACAAGGCGGCGUACCUGAUCGUCAAGUCGCUGCGCGUGCCCAUGGACCUCUUCUUCCAGCGCCGGCACGCCAGCCACGCGCUGAUGCUGGAGACGGUGGCGGCCGUGCCGGGCAUGGUGGGCGGCAUGCUCCUCCACCUGCGCUCGCUCCGCCGCUUCGAGCACAGUGGCGGCUGGGUCCGCGCGCUGCUCGAGGAGGCCGAGAACGAGCGCAUGCACCUCAUGACGUUCCUCGAGGUCACGCAGCCGCGCUGGUGGGAGCGCGCGCUUGUGCUCGCCACGCAGGGCGUCUUCUUCAACGCCUACUUCGUCGGCUACCUUCUCUCUCCCAAGUUCGCGCACCGCGUCGUCGGCUACCUCGAGGAGGAGGCCGUGUACUCCUACACCGAGUACCUCAAGGACCUCGAGGCCGGCAUCAUCGAGAACACGCCGGCGCCCGCCAUCGCCAUCGACUACUGGCGCCUCCCCGCCGACGCCAAGCUCAAGGACGUCGUCACCGUCGUGCGCGCCGACGAGGCGCACCACCGCGACGUCAAUCACUUCGCGUCGGACAUCCAUUACCAGGGGAUGAAGCUUAGGGACACGCCCGCGCCGCUCGGUUAUCACUAA